AACUACCAGUACUGUUCCCUAACGCAUCAACGGUAUUUUCUUACUAAGGCAAAUAUACUCACUUUUCACCCAGGGACCAUGGCGUCCACAGGUCACAGGGACCCAGAGUCGCAGGACAAGGAGAAUCCGCGAGGGGUGCCUCUGUGUGGAGACUUUACUGUGUCUGGGAGAGCUGUCAGACUUCAGACCACAAACUCAGGCCUCACCUGGAACGGUCAGGAUCAAACUUCAGACUGGGAUGACGUCAUCACUGCCUACCAGGGCGGGGUCUCCCGGGGGCCGGGCGUGAAGGCGAGAGUGGGAGUGGCGCCGGAGGAGGACAGAUUUACCCUACAUUACAUAGAACAUCAGAAGAUCAACAUCCUCAGACACAAACACGUUACGUUCAUCGGACAGGCGGGACAGCUGAAGGAAUGGCUGGACAGUGUAGCAGAUAAAACUGGUCAUGGUCGUCCCAAAUGUCUGCUGACUCUGGUGAACCCCAUCGGGGGACAGAAGAAAGGAGCAAAGCUGUACGAGGCUAUUGUUCGACCACUCUUUGAACUGGCGGGAAUUGACGCCAAGCUUAUAAUCACACAGAGAUUUCGUCACGCAGAGGAAAUCGCUAAGACGUAUGACGUCACUGAUGUGGACGGGUUGAUCGUGUCCGGAGGGGAUGGCCUGAUGCAGGAGGUUAUCCAGGGGUUGAUCACCCGAUUCAAUGUCGACUUCAAUGAUCCUGACGUGGAACUAAAACCCUUACCCAUCACACUGGGCGCUCUGCCCACAGGCUCGGGUAACGGAAUCUCCAUGGCGUGUCAUGGAUGUACGGACCUGGAGACAGCUACGUUAGCGGUUGUGAGAGGCGAGAAACAGUAUUUGAAUAUUGUAAGCGUCCACGGAUCGGCCGGCCCAUUGGUUGGAUAUGCAGGGUUUGCCACGGGGUAUGGAUUCUGGGCUGAUCUGUUCCAGCACGCAGAUGAACACCGGUGGCUCAAGACUUACCGUUACCUGGUGGGUGCGUUUCGAGGUCUGUUUACGGGGAAGCGGGAGUUCAUUGUUGAGGGGGAAUAUUUGCCCACUGCUAGACCAGACAAACACCUCCGCGCGGCGGAAGACAUGGCGAGGAACACAGAUACAGAAGGCUGGGUCAAGUUCUCUGGCACCUUCACGGGGAUCAACAGCUUUCCUGGUGGAUUCUACAGGGUAGAGGGCAAGCCUGGGGUCUUACAUUGGGGUCAGAGUGGCGCUGGUAUGAACAUGUUUCUGGAGAAACAAUCGAGCAAGUUAUCCUACCUGAAGUGGAUGCUGGGAAUCUCUAAUAGGGAAGGCGAUCUGGAUGUGCUGCAGUGCAACGCUGACAAUAUCGAGGAGCAUUACGUGAAGGAGUUCAGGUUUAGUCUGAGAGAGUCCGACACUGCCACUAACGGACAUGGGGACUCUCGCAGUUCCAGGGAGGAGGAGAGGAGGAAGGACCAGCAGCUGGUCUUUCUGGAUGGAGAGGUUCGACCCAUGGAAACCUCAUCCAUGGUUGUCAGGAAUCGGAGAAAUGUCACAGAAUUCUUUUGUGCAAAGCGUGCUGCUUUGGAACCAUCUUUGUGCUGAAUACCGGACUUACGAACGACAUUGCCACAAGGAAUGUGUCUGAGCUUUAUCACCAAACGAGUGUUUUCAUAGUGACAUCGCUGCUGUACAGUUGCUCCCUCACGUUUCGUAACUGCGUUAGCCAGAACUUUGGCUGCAAAACCAGAUGUUUUUGUGGGUUUUGUUUUGUUUUGUUUUUUUAAUUACAAAACAACAACCAAAAUACAAACAAUGCCAGAAUUGUCACUGAGACAAACACCUUGCGAUGACAUAAGGUUUGCGAUUUUACAUGUUUUCAGAAUUCUGAAGCAAAAUCGCUUGACUGUUAUAUUUUCCAUAAACACCCUACCGCUAGGCUCUGUGGUAUGUUAGUAAUGACGACUUACAUAACACCUGUAACUGUCUGCAGCUUCUGAGAAAACGCAAAAAGUUGAAGGAAGUGUAAAUUCUAUUACGUAUAGUUUAAAAUGUAAAAAAGAAAUAUAAAAUAUAAAAAGAAAUUUUAACAUUAAGGGUUGCGGGCGUUUCUUCAAAUUUAUUUGUUUUACAUUAGGAGUGAGUGAGUUUCGUUUUAUGCCGCACUCAGUAGUAUUCCACCUAUAGUCUUAAUUUAACUUCUAUGUUAGUUGUCAUUGCGUAUAGACACAUACAUUUUGGUAUACAUCUGUACAUGUGUAACGUACUCUAGCUUAUCAAUAUGUAGCAAGGGAAUUAUAGAAAUUAACCGAUGAAGAAAAUAAUACUUUACUGUCAUUUGUCAUUUCGUAUAGACAGAUACAUGUUUGUAUAUACCUCUGCGAUGUGUGAUGUACUCUAGCUUAUCAAUAUGUAGACUGAUUACGUAGGGAAAUUAA